GAGAAAUGUGUCAUUAUUGACAGAAAGUUCUUUUAAAUCCUCUGUCUGAGUUCAACCUGCUGCUCAGACAAACAGAGUCAGCAAACAGACAGAUAAUGUUUAACCAGAGGAGGUCCGCCUGCCGUCUGUCCGCCUGCCCGUCUGUCAGAACUCAUCCGGGCUCCUGGAGGAUCUGAUGGAUCUGGUUCAGUUCUUCACUCUGUCUCUCAGCUGCUGGUGGACAGCUGCUGCCAGGUACUAUUUUAGCAAUAACCCCAAACUCAUAGUGACAGAUGAGAUUGAGGAUGGGGGGACGGUGGAGGUCACCUGUAUUCUACCUAUAGACUACACUGGAGGGGACUGCCGUCUCUACAGAGAAGACUCUCUGUCCCCGCUCAGAGUGAUGACAGCCAGAAGUUUUCUGUGUGUCUUCCACUUGACCUCCGCAGAGUUGCUAGGACGUCGUCCGGUGGGCAGUCGGAUCUACCUGAAGUGUGACUACCACCUGCAGCAGUACACGUCAGCAUUUAGCGACAUCAAGGGAGUAACUGUCAGUGGUAGCAGUCCCAGUCCUCGUCUGUCUGUCAGCCGUCGCCUCCUCUCACCUGGUGACAGCGUGGAGGUCACCUGUUCCCCGCCACUUCGCUACGUGUCCAGCUGUCAGUUCUACAGAGACAGCGUGAUCAUUACAAGAGGGUCCUGCAGCAGGAACCUGACGGGCCAACAGCUCGCCAUCUGGGAGAAAAGCACCACGCUACUUCCUGUCAACAUGACCUGCAGAUAUGAUCCACACGAUCACCUCGAAAUCCGCUCCGAGCCCAGCAACCACCACAUGCUUUUUGUAGUUGAUGUCACUCAGGUGUCCUCCUCAGUCAACUGUUCAGUCUCAGUGGAUGAUGAUCAGCUGACGGGGUUUGCUGACAGCAACCGGAUGUUUGUUGGUGCAGACGGCGUGUUGGUCUCUCUUCAGGUGACCAACAGCAGCCUGAAGUCUGACCACACCUGCAGCCACUCACCAUGAUGAAGUCUGUCAGCAGGUCCACCUGUCCACAGGUGUGCUGCUGUCUGUCACAGGUCUCUGUUCCUCUCACGUCAUUCAGGUCCAGCCUGUCCCUACUGUCCUGCAGUUUCACCACCUGGUCUCACCUCUGCUCCACCUGUCUGAACUGUGACAAUGUUACCUGCCUGCCUCAGGUUGUCUCUGCUGUCUGAUGUCCAUGUUGAAUUGACGCACAUUAAUAAAACAAUGGUAGCUCGUU